CAACUCGGCGGCGGGCGGCGGCGCGACUCCUCCUCUUCUUCUUCUUCUUCCUCCUCCCCAACUUCUUUCCCAAGAAAGAAGCAGAGGUAACCACCACCAGAUCACGGCAAUGGCGUCUCCGGCGUCUGAUCCCGCCAUCGCAGCGCCCCACCUAGAGGCGGAAGAACCCGCCGUCGUAACGGUGGCGGCGGCGGCGGCGGAGGAGGCUGUGGUGGUGGCGGCGGAUGUGGAGAAGGAGGGGGAAGGGGAAGAUGAGGAGGAGGAGGAGGAGGAAGGGGAGUGUGGGUUCUGCUUGUUCAUGAAGGGAGGGGGAUGCAAGGAGGCGUUCGUGGCGUGGGAGGAGUGCGUGGAGGCGGCGGGGAAGGAGGAGGGCUCCGACAUGGUGGAGCGCUGCUUCGAGGUCACCGCCAACCUCAAGAGGUGCAUGGACGCGCACGCGGACUACUACGCCCCCGUGCUCCGCGCCGAGCAGGCCGUCAACGACCACGCCGACGCCGCCAUCGCCGCCGACAAGGCAAAGGAAGGCGGGGAGAAGAAGCUAGAUGCGGUGGCCCAGGAGGCCGCGUCCGCCGCCGACGAGAAGAAACAACAGGUUGAGGAGAAGUCGUCGUCGUCUUCUUCCUCGCCGACCACCACCAUUGACGAGAGAAAGGAGAAAGAAGUGGUGACUGAAAAGGCUGAUUCCUGAGUAACUUAACAGUUUUUUUCAAAUUUGGUUAGCAAUUGAGUUUAUGAUCUUACUGUGAUUGAUAUGAGCAGAGCUACUAUAUCAUAGAUUCGUCAAGCUAAUUUUUGGGUCCCUUUGUGGGGGAAAUAAAGCCGAUUACGGAAUAAUUGUUGGACAUGAUAAGCAAUUUACUGAGGAAAUUUUGAUGCUAGUAUUAUGUUGUUUUGGCACACCCAUGAGGAGGUUGCCUGUACUGGAUUGUUGUCUCUUGUUGCAUUGAUUUUAUACUGCUGGGUAGUUACUAAUUA